UAGAAGAGCAUACAUGUAGCUGAGGGCGUUGCUACUUUUGGUGGUACAACUCUCUUCGAGUCGUAGACUUAACAAUGUUCUCUAUGGUUACAGGGCUGAUUCUUUUGGCAGUGGCGGUAACGGCCUUCCUUGAUGUUGAUGAUGAUUUCGAAAUCAAUGCAACUGCCAAAGUCUUACCAAACCGGAUGGUUGAUGAUGGAGUUCUUCAGCUAGGAGUGACGAAAGUUGCGGGAGUUCCAAAUGUUCGAAAAAGACAAUCCAUGUCAAACUUGGCCAACCCUUACAUUGGAGAUAUUUACAUGAUCACCGUACAGAUUGGGUAUCCUCCGCAGUCUAUAACCCUGAGUAUCGAUACAGGGAGCAGUGAUGUUUGGGUGAAUCCACAGUGCGCUACCUCGGGGUGGGCAUCAUUUUGCUCCAGUUAUCCUCAGUACGAUCCUACGAAAUCUACGUCUUUCGUACCGUUGAGUCAAGCCUUGAAUAUAGCAUAUGGUAUCGGUGCAGUCACUGGAGCUUAUGCAACGGACAAUUUUAUGAUAGGGUCAGGUCCGACCCUUAAAAAACUUCAGUUCGGUGUUGCAUCAGGCAGUAAUCGAAUGUUUGCCGGUAUAAUGGGUGUAUCCUGGGGGCUUGGCCUUGGAACUGGUUAUUACAAUAUCAUUGAUCAACUCGCCUUGCAAGGUCUGACAAAAACUCGUGCAUUUGCUAUUGACUUGGGCAAUGUCGAUACAGCUUCAGGCUCCAUUAUCUUUGGCGGUCUCGAUACAAAGAAGUACUACGGCUCACUGAUUAAAAAUCCCAUUAUACCAUUUUAUCAAAGUCCUGAUGGGUAUCCAAGAUAUUGGAUCAAUAUGACGUACUUUGGUAUUACAUUUCCAGGUCAACUACCGACGAAUUUGACAUCUACCGGUUAUGCGAAACCUGUCAUUGUUGACUCCGGAAGUACAUUGAGUUAUUUGCCACCUUCACUUGUCAACGCCAUGCUCCCUUAUUUUCCAGGAUGGGUCAGUAAAGGAGGUGGCCUCUAUACUAUUCCUUGUAGCUUCAAAAAUAUUGCUGGGACGGUAGAUUUCGGAUUCGCAGGGAAGAUAAUCCGGAUCCAGUUAGCUCAAUUCAUAUGGUUCAAUGGUGCUACAUGCUAUGGACCCAUUGCCAAUGCUGCCGAAAAGACGGAUGUGAUUUUAGGAGAUACCUUCAUGAGAGGUGCUUAUGUGGUGUUCGAUCAGGACAACGCAAAUGUUCACAUUGCGCAAGCUGCAAGUUGCGGAUCAAAUAUUGUACCCAUUACUUCGGGUACCGAUGGAGUUCCUUCAAUUACAGGAGCUUGCCCGAGUCCAGCAUUUUCUUAUGGAACAUCAUCUUAUACGGUCUAUCCAACUCCUUCGGUGAGAAUUUCGUCUUCCUCGUCCAGUUCUUCAUUCAGAUCUUCUUCGUCUACAUCUUCUUCAAGAAGCUCCACAACUUCGUCUGCCUCUCUUCCUGCAUUGAUAAUUACUCCAGCAACAUCCCCUCUUGUCACUUCAACAACUAGACCUUCUACCACUUCAUCCUCUACGUCAACAUCUAGAAUUGCUACCCUUCCAACUUCCUCUCCAUCGAGAACCACUUCGGUUAGCUCUUCCCCCACAAUAGUGACAACGAGAUCCUCUACCCUUUUAUCCUCUUCUUCAUCCUCUACAUCAACAACUAGGACUUCCACGGCUCUCUUAUUGAUAACCACUUCAACGAGCUCUACCCCCGCAUUAGUAAUAACGAAGUCUUCUACCCCCUCAUCUUCUACGUCAACUACUAAAUCUUCAUCCUCGUCGUUGGUGCCUACUCUGAUUAGCUCUACGACUACGUCCACAUCAUCCACCAGAUCUUCUUCGCUUUCUUCCUCUCGUUUUUCAUCUUCAUCUAUAUCCUGCGGCGUAGGUUGUGGACCGACGACCACUGUAUAUAUUACCGUUACGAAGUCGGUCUGAAAAUGAUGCGAGUGUUCAACUUAUUUCGUUCCGAUUCUGGAUGGGAGAUGUAAGGAUGGCCCGGUAUAACGCACCAUGAAUAGGUUUGAUGCGAUGCAAUUGAGCAGGUUGGAAUCAUUUUCUACUUAGGGGCUAGUAUUGU